AUGCCAAGCGUAGCUGUGAAACUAUAUAGCGUCUUCUUCAAGUUACUUUUGAAACAUCGUCUACAGAAUCUGAUUUCGAUUUCAGCUGAUGGGUUAUCUGAUUCGUUCGGUGUUUCGACCCGAUCCGAUGAAUCCGUCGCCGCCGCUAAUCCUUCUUUCACCGACGGUGUUGCGACCAAAGAUAUACACAUUGAUCCGAUGACGUCACUCACGGUAAGGAUCUUUCUCCCUGAAUCUGCUCUUUCUCCGACCAACCAACCCAGAUCCGAUCGGAGACACAGUCACGGUCCUCUUAAUCAGAAUCCUGCGGAGGAGAGGAACGAGUCUCGAAGGAAUAGCUAUGGAUGCAACACGGAGAAUCUAGAAUCGUACGGUGGUUACGCGCCACCUCCGAGGAGGAAUUCUAGAAAACUUCCAGUGAUGUUGCAGUUUCACGGUGGUGGUUGGGUCAGUGGAAGUUCUGAUUCGGCGGCUAAUGACUUCUUUUGCCGGCGAAUCGCCAAAGUAUGCGACGUUAUUGUAUUGGCCGUAGGUUAUAGGCUUGCACCUGAGAAUCGGUACCCUGCGGCGUUUGAAGACGGAGUCAAAGUGCUGAAUUGGCUUGGGAAACAGGCUAAUUUAGCUGAAUGUUGUAAGUCUCUUGGUAAUAGACGCGUUAAUGGCGUUGAGUUGAAGAAAAUGAAUGUUCAAGGACAGAUUGUAGAUGCUUUUGGAGCUUCCAUGGUUGAGCCUUGGCUCGCAGCUCAUGGAGAUCCUUCCAGAUGUGUGCUUCUUGGGGUGAGCUGUGGUGGGAACAUAGCAGACUAUGUAGCUCGGAAAGCCGUGGAGGCAGGGAAGCUUUUAGACCCGGUGAAAGUUGUUGCACAGGUUCUAAUGUACCCUUUUUUCAUCGGAAACAACCCGACACAGUCCGAAAUAAAGCUGGCAAACUCUUACUUCUACGAUAAACCCAUCUCUGUUCUCGCCUGGAAACUCUUCUUACCAGAGAAAGAGUUCGACUUUGACCACCCGGCGGCAAACCCACUUGCCCAUGACCGCAUUGGACCACCUCUGAAGCUAAUGCCUCCAACGCUUACAGUAGUAGCUGAGCAUGACUGGAUGAGAGACCGAGCCAUUGCUUAUGCAGAGGAGCUUAGAAAGGUAAACGUAGACUCUCCGGUUUUAGAAUAUAAAGACGCAGUCCAUGACUUUGCAACUCUUGAUAUGCUUCUCAAGACUCCUCAGGCGCAGGCCUGUGCCGAGGAUAUUGCCAUUUGGGUCAAGAAGUACAUUUCGAUCCGCGGCCAUGAGUUCUCAUACUGA